AUGGUCGGUCAUCAGUGGCUCCCCUGGGCUAAUAACCGGACGCAAGGGGCGAUCUCCGUGACUUCAGCCAAGCAGGAACAGGAGAAGACAUCUUCAGGCUGCCUGCGUACCAGGAGAAAAGGGGCCUGUCACCGCCUCUAUCCAGUGGUCGCACUCUCAGCGCUCUGUUUGCUGCUGCUCGGGACCUGCGCCGCACUUUCUGCCCUGUAUACUAGUGCGUCAGACAGCAAGCCAGAGAGGAAAAGCCUCUUUGAUUACCAGAACAUGAGUGACAGCUACCUCACUCUUACUAAAGCAAAGAAUGACCUGAAAAAAGACAACGAAAUCUUGAAGGAGCACAGGGCCUGGCUGGAGGAAAAGACCAAACUCCUCAACAGGACGUCGGCUAAACUCAAGUCCAUGAAUCUCGCUUUGAGGUUGGAAAGAAGCGAGCUAAUGGAGCAAACUGGGAAUCUAACCUCCAUGAACAUACAGCUCAGGCAAGACCACGAACAACUGGUCCAGCGCACGUCUGAGCAGGAGGAAAAGGAGCUGACCAUGUCUCAAACUAUCAAAGCGCUGGUCAGCUCCAACACUCAGCUAGGGGAGGAGAAAGGGCGGCUGUCUGAGAUGAACAGCCUUCUGAGGGACGAGCUGUUUCAAGUCAGGGAAAAGAAUCAAGAACUUGUGGAAAUCAGCGACAAGUUUCAAGGAGAAAUUCAAAAUCUGAGCGAGAAGAUCGGAGCUUUUUCGAAGGACGACUGCGAGAGGCUUCGGGAGAAAGUAACACAGCUUCGAGAAGAAAACCAGAACCUGAGCACGAUGCUGAUAAGAGAGAGGCAGGAAGCAGCAGAGCAGGAGGGAAGCAGGGCGAAGGAGAUGGAGCAGAUGGUGGCGGACGUAGGUUCAGCGAACGAGGCCUACCACUCUUUAGACCUCUACUGCCCUGUGGUUAAUCAGACGACCAAAGAGCGGAUGUGCAAAAAAUGCCACGACAGCUGGAGGCUGUUUGAGACAAAGUGCUACUACUUCUCCUCUCGCAUGCUGAGCUGGAGCUCCAGCAGAGCCUGGUGCCGGACACAAGGGGGCCACCUGCUCAUCGUUAACAGUGAGCAAGAACAGAACUUCAUUUUUGAUACCAGCCAGGAACUGGAGCAGUCCAGCACCAGGCUGUGGAUCGGUAUGACUGAUGCAGAGGAGGAGGGUGACUGGCGCUGGGUGGAUGGCAGCAAAGUCACGUCAGAUGCACAGAUGUACUGGCUGAGCAGACCGGGAAUGGGGGCUGAGCCCGAUGACUGGAAGCUGGACGACCCUUUAGGAGAAGACUGUGGACACAUAGAUACCAGUGAAAAUGCACUGAAGUCCUGGAUGGAUGGCUCCUGUGAGAAACCUUACAGAUGGAUCUGCGAAAAGGACGUUUAGACUAACCACGGGCAUUUUUAUUUCUCAUUUCAUAUUGUAAAUUAAACAGUAACAAUUUGAAGUUGUCAUUGUCUACAUAUGCUGUAGGAAAUUAUAUGAAUUUAUCUAUGAUGCAUUCAUUUUUUACAUAUUUUUAACAGUGUGAGUGCACGUUUUCUUUCAAUUUGUCCUUUCUUACUUUUUUAAAGUACAAAUUUGUAAAGGUGUAUUAGACUUUUCUUUCUUCAAAUGAUAAUGCACAACAUAAAAUUUAAGCAGUCAUUUUGAAAUGUUGACUCUUAUAAAAAUAACAUGAAAUAAGGCAGAUGUGUGUUUGUU